UCAGCCAGUUGGUGUGGACACUCCAGCGUAUUUAGAUAUUGUCGGCUCUCGGCUCCAGCGGAUCGGAUCGGGGAAAUAAUACAGAAAAAUCACAGCAAAACAGACACGGAGAAACCGAAAGAGAACAAAAUAAAACGCGAUCUUAGUUAACAUUCGCGUCGAGUAUACGAAGCGUGAAACACCAGCAGCCAGCAGCAGCGACGACACAAACUAAAUAGAACGAAAAAAGUGCAACAACAAAUUCGUCAAGAAUCAAAGUAACGGCAAUUCGUGCAAGUGUAGACCAUGCUGUAGCCACAUGGACAUAUGAGGAUACGAUGCAUCUGAAGCUACUUGAACAUGGACUUUGAUUUCUCGGAUUUUUCUCGGCAAGACCUUUUGGAUGGAAUCGACAACUAUGCCUUGGACCUGUUCAUGCAGGUCACUGCCGGAGUGGGUGGCCUCGAGGACAGCAGCGCCCAGCAGGGAGGCAAUGAUGUGCUCGGAGCAGGUGCCGCCACCAAAAUGGACUCGCCACACACACCCCCGCCCAUGAGCCUGAGCAGCACGCCCCACGUCCAUGGCCAUCUGCCGGAGAGUCCCCCCGACUCGGGCUCCGAGCCGGCCUACAGUCCACUCAAUGAGACACACGGCCUGGGGCUGCUGCCGGGGCGCGGAGUGGAUCAUCUCAUCUAUUCGAAUCUGGGACCAAUGGGGCAGUCGCAGGCGGGCAGCAUGCUGCAGACAGACAUGCAGUACGUGUUGCAUCAACAGCAGCAGCAGCAGCAGCAGCAGCAACCGCCGCAGUUGGGCAUCGUUGGGCAUAACUUUGCCACGCCACAGGCGGAUGUGAGGGUCAAGCAUGAGGCGGGGCUGAUCAUGAAUCCCAACAGCCUGAUGUGCCAGCAGCCCAGCAACGAGCAGCAGCAGCAGCAGCAGCAGCAGCAGAUGCUGCACCAGCAGCAGCUGCAAGUGCAACAACAUCCCGAAAUGGUUCAGGAGCAAAUGAUCUACCAGCACUACGAGAAUGGGCCGGAGACGGGUGCUGGGCCUGGCAUUUAUGGUGCUGGCAGCUACCAGAAUCUAUCAACCUGCACGCUGACCUCCUCGCUGGGGCUCGGCGACCGGGUGCAGGUGAUUGGAACCAGCCAGCUGUCGCUGAACCGCACCUCGGCACCCUCCACGCCCGUGCACUCGCUGUCCCGCAAGCGGAAGAUGUCCACGACGCUGGAUUGUCCGGAGUUUGCGCCCACAGCCAAGCUGGAUGCAGGCCUGGUGAUGAGUCCACUGCGCGCCUCCCAUCACUCCCUCAGCACGCCCCACAGCCACAGCAACAGCAGCAGCAGCCACGAGGCUGAGGCCAAGACACCUGCCCACUCACACUGCUCCGCCUCGGUGUCGCCGGCCCUGUCCGGCAUCCACUCGCAGGCGGACAACAGCCUGGACGGACAGACGGCCGCUGGCUCUGGAUCGGGGUCGGGCAGCGAAGCCGGAGAUCCCGCCCAGACACAGUGCAUCCGCUUCAAUGCCUUCCAGCCGGAGAACUGGCACAAGCUGUUCGACCAGAGCCUGCAGGAGCUGUCCGUGAUCUACUACCGCGUCGAUGCGGACAAGGGAUUCAAUUUCAGCGUCUCGGACGACGCGUACGUGUGCCAGAAGAAGAACCACUUUCAGGUUACUUGCCAUGCCCGACUCCAGGGCGAUGCCAAAUUUGUGAAGACCCCGUCCGGCUUUGAGAAAAUCAAAUCCUUCCACUUGCAUUUCUACGGCGUCAAGUUCGAGGCGCCCAACCAGACCAUCCGCGUGGAGCAGAGCCAAUCGGAUCGCUCCAAGAAGCCAUUCUAUCCAGUUCCGAUCGAUCUUCAGAAGCAUAUUGUCAGCAAGAUCACCGUUGGCCGCCUGCACUUCUCCGAGACGACCAACAACAAUAUGCGCAAGAAGGGGCGCCCCAAUCCGGAGCAGCGCUUCUUUCAGCUGGUGGUGGGCCUCCAUGUGCACACCAUUUCGGGCAACUUCCCGGUGAUGAGCCAUGGCAGUGAGCGCAUCAUCGUGCGCGCCUCCAAUCCCGGCCAGUUCGAGUCCGACGUGGACCUCUGCUGGCAGCGCGGACUCACCCAGGAGUCCAUUUUCCAUGCGGGUCGCGUGGGCAUCAACACGGACCGUCCGGACGAGAGUCUCGUGGUGCAUGGCAACCUGAAGGUCUCCGGCCACAUUGUCCAGCCCAGCGACAGCCGCGCCAAGCAGGAGAUCGGCGAGCUGGACACCUCGGUGCAGCUGCGCAACCUCCAGAAGAUCCGCAUUGUCCGCUAUCGCUACGAGCCCGAGUACGCCCUGCACUCCGGCCUGAGGCGGCAGAGCGACACGCGGGAGAUCGUCGACACGGGCGUCAUUGCGCAGGAGGUGCGCGAGGUGAUACCAGAUGCGGUCCAAGAGGCUGGCAGCGUUGUCCUGCCCAAUGGCGAUGUCAUCGAGAAUUUCCUGCUGGUCAACAAGGAUCGCAUUCUCAUGGAGAACAUUGGGGCCGUCAAGGAGCUGUGCAAGGUCACUGGGUCCCUGGAGACGCGCAUCGAGCAUCUGGAGCGCGCCAACAACAGCCACAACAGCCACCAAUUGCGUGCCAAGGAUCUGCUGGAGCCGCGCUGCCUGCUCCCAGACAGAGGGGCCCUCAGGUCGUACAUCAGCAGGCGGGAUGGCUACGAGAUCUGCUCCAGCCGCUCCCUGCAGAUUGUCAUCUUUGUGCUGAUCAUCGUGAUGGCAGCCUGCCUGGCGGCUGUGUCCACGCUGUACUUUGUGGAGCACAACAAGCAGCAGCAGCUGGACGGCUAUCAGCUCUUUGGCAACAGUCACAUCUUCCGCACGGACACGCCCACGCACCUGAGCGAGGAGGAUCGCCACUACUUCCAGCACAGCCUGCACACACUCUUCAAGAACAAGACGCACGUGGCCUGGCCCAGUCUGAUGUACGCCACGAGCACAUCCCGACCGCCUGCCGCCGCCACGGGCCCACGCCCAGGCGAGGAUGAGGCCGAGGAGCUGGCCGCCGUGAUGACCAAGCCGCAGGUAAACCUCCAGCAACAGCAACAGCAGCAGCAACAGCAGUCGGGGAAGCACAGUCGCAUCACGACAUCAGCGCCGAGAUUCAGCAACAAGACCAUCAGCAGCAAGAAGACCAAGUGGCCGCUGUCCCAAGAGGUUCUGCGGCAGGCGGCCAGUCAGAAGGUUCUCCAGGCUGUGCACGGUGCACGGGCAGGAGCGCUGCCACCUGCCAACGCCAAUGAAACGAGUGCCUCCACAUCCGAAAAGCCCACACAGACACAGGCCCAGAGCCAGAGCCAGCCGCAGUCAAUUUCCCUGCCCCAAGACUUUGAGAACAACUCCAUAGACAUCGAUGCGCAGCAGCAGCAGCUGGUGGGGGGCAAGCAGCCGUUGUCGGCUCUGAAGCUGGACGAACACAUUGUGGUGGUGGGCACCAUCGCCAGUCCCACUUCGGAGGGCGCAGAGGGAGCAGCCCAUGGGGUCGGGGAUGUCGGCGCGUCCGUCGGCCAGGCCAUACGCAAGCUGAACACUGGCGAUGCGGUCAUCUACAACGUGUACAAGACGGUGUCUCCGCCAACGGCGAACCUGGCGCUGACCACCAACAAGGUCAGCACCGAACCCUCUCAGAGCACACGCUCCCAGGCGCUGGAUGUGCCGCCCCCAGCGUCGCUUCCUGUCCGCAACAGCAGCGGUGGGCAUGAGAAUCCGGAUGCCCUCGAUCUGCAGAAUCUGAGCAACACCAAUGAGUCCGUGGAUAAUCCCAUCUCGGCUGUCUUUGGUUUCGUGUUCCCGGAAACUCAGGGCCUCAGGGACUCGAGCGUGGGCAGGCGGUCGGCCAAUCAGCGCAGUCUGGACUGGAUCGAGCACAAGACCCUGAAGACGGGACUCUUUGGCCAGCCGGCGGAAUGCACUGGCGAUGAGUCUGUCAGCGAUAAUUGUCAGUCCGUUUGCUUCGAGGAACUACCGUCGCCGAAGGCACAGCCUGAUAACGUAGAUGCCAAUGUAAAGGAGCAGCAUGUGGAAGAUGAUCUGCAGUCCGCCGAGCAGGAGCAGGAUCCCGAUGUGCUAGCCACACAACCCGUGCCGUCGGCCAGCAACGAGACCAGUCCAAGGGAUGCCCAGGCCAAGCACUCCUCACAGGACACAGAGACCCAGGCAGCAGGAUCAUCGAGCCAGGACCAGAGCGAGGUGGAACAGCUGCCGAAGCCCGAUGUUAACCCUCCUCCACCCAUUCAGCUGGAUUGCUGGAGCGUCUCCAGCUGCGUCCUGGCCGCCCAAUACAACCUCACCGUCGACGUGGAAAAGUUCUGUCCCAGCGGGGGCAGCUCCCUGAACGUUAGCUACAUAGUCCCAGUGUCGCGCUUUCUCCAGGCCAGCAAUCUGGAGCUGCAUUUCAACUCGAACAAGCCGCUGCAGUGGUCCAUCUGCAUUGAUGAGGAUCAGGCCAAGGCCAAUGCGAAUGCGAAUGCGCAGCUCAACGAGGACGAUGAGGCUCCGGCCAGCAGUGGAGUGAAAGUGCUCAAGCAGCUGGGCAACAACAAGCUGAUCCUGGCCCUCGACAUGCCCGAGCACGGCUACUUCUUGCGCGACUUUAUGCUGCGCGCUAGCCACGAUCUGGAGCAGCAAAAACUAUGCGAUGAUAGCGCUCACCUGGCGAACCCUAUACUCCAGUACAACUUUAGAAUCGUAAGAGAUUGUGAUUAGUUUACAAUUUAAUUGAUGGCACGGAUCGAAUCUGAAUCUGAAUUUGAAUCUGAAUCUUCGUGCGGCAUCAAAAUGGCACCAAAAUGGAGCACUUCUUUCGAAUUAGGAAAAUGCGAAAUAAACAUAAAUAAAACUGUCGAUCAGAUGGAUGGAUGAAUACAUUUGAAUACGUAAAGAAAUCAAUCAAAUAAGACAUGCAAGAAUCGAUUAUCGACAAUUUAAAUAAAAUAUUUAGAGAAAUCUUU